AUGGAACCAAGUAACAACGAGGGCAAAAGAAUAACUUAUAAAAGAGCCAGACCAAACCCUCUGUUUCAAGAAUGGCUAGAGGAGCUAUACGAAGAGGCAAAGGAAAAGAAGAGCAAGUUAGAAUCAAUGUUGAAGGAAGCGCUAGGCUCACUGUCAAAAUAUCCUUUGCCGCUUAAAUCGGGCGCUGAAUGUGCUAUUUUAAAAGGCUUUGGAAAGAAACUUUGUGCUCAUUUAGAUCAGCGAUUAGAAGUAUAUAGGUAUAAUUUAGCUUUGGUUCAGUCUUUCGAGACAGGCAGUGGCACCAGUUCUGAAUCAAGUGGCAGGAACAGUAACUGUAGCUCACCUUUGUCUGAUAUUAUAAAUGUUGAACGCAGAGUUAAGCAAUAUAAGCUAUCGCAUAACACUUCUACAGAAGCAGGUAUUAGUAAUUGUAAGCUUUUGCAGAACACUUCCACCGAAGCCAGUAUUAGUAAUAGGUCACCAAUAAAAAAUCAUAAUGUGGUAAUUGAUGGUGACAGUAAUGUACAAAGCACUCUUAGUACUAAUACAGAUAGAAGUUCUGAAUCUCAGAAACCCUUAACUCAAAAGAACAAACAUCAGGCUAAGGCCAAAAAAUAUAAGCCUGCUCAUAGGUCAGGAGCAUAUGCAAUAUUAAUAGCCUUACUUGAACAUUGUAAAGAAAAUCCAAGUGAAAACUCACUAACUAAAGAGGAGUUAAUAAAUAAAGCUCAAAAACAUUCUGAAGAAUCCUUUUUAAGGCCUAAACCAAAUUGUUUUUACACAGCAUGGUCUAAUAUGUCUAGGCUAGUAAAUAAGGGUCUUAUUACACAGAUUAGACAUAAAAAAGUGAGAUAUUUACUGUCCAGAGAAGGUACAGAGCUUGCUGAAGAACUUUUAGAAGAUACCAGAAAUACUCCUACAGUCAAUGACAUUAUAUUUAAUAGUGUACCAUCAACAAGUACUGUUAGAAGCGAAGACAUCCAUGGAAAUGAAGCUAUGCCUACAUCAUCAGAGAAUAAUAACAUUUCAGCCAUAGUAUUGUUACCUUUUACAUUCGAUAUUAUAUUACUUAUUGACAAAAAUGAAACAGGCGGGACAUCAAAAAAAAAUGACCCAACAGUGGCUCAAUUCAACAAGUAUCCUGACUUGAAACAUGAGUAUAGAAGCUUGAAAGUUGGUGACUAUGCCUGGAUAGCUAGACACAAAGUAAAUAAGGAGCAAGAACUAGUCCUCCCACUAAUUGUAGAAAGAAAAAGGAUGGAUGAUCUUGGAGCAAGUAUCAAAGAUGGCAGAUUUCAUGAGCAGAAGUUCCGUUUAAGAAAGUGUGGCUUGAAAAGUGUUGUGUAUAUGGUUGAAAACUAUGGGAUUAACAAGAAUGUUGGUUUACCUAUACAGAACUUGAUGCAAGCUCUAGCAAACACAAGAGUUCAGGAUGAUUUUCAAGUUCACAUUACACAUUCAUUGACUGAUUCUGCUAAAUUUUUAACUAUGAUGACCAACAGACUUGCUGCCAGAUAUCAGGAUAGAAGUCUCAAAGGCUGCAGUAGUGAAGCAACAGAAGGAUAUCUAAUGACAUUUGAAUACUUCAACAAAGCAUCAGCAAAAACGAAACCAUUGACAGUCACAGAGACAUUCAUCAAACUAUUGCUGCAACUAAAGGGAGUGUCUGUAGAGAAAGCUUUAGCGAUUACAUCCAAGUUUAAUACUCCCAGGUCUUUGAUUAUACAAUAUCAAAAAUGUGAUCGUAAUGAAGGAGAAUUCCUAUUAGCUAACAUUAAAUAUGGAAAUUCAGGUCGCAAUGUAGGGCCUUCAGUGAGUAAAUCUAUUUAUCUAUUGUUUUCUAAAAUAGGAGAGUAG